UGCGUGUUGAGAAACGACCGUCGUGCGUCCACCUCUCUCGGUAUGCACAAUUGCUCCUCGUCGCUGGCAACGUGGCGAUGCCCGCGAGAUGUUUCAUGCUUCGAUGGAAGCUUGUGCCCAUCGUCACGCAGAUCUUGGCCACACCUUCCAGAUCCACCUUGUGCCGUGCCUACGGACGCUUGCGGCGUACGCAUUUUUCUCGAGCACUUUGAAGGCGACGACGAGAUGGCGUGUGCUCUCUACGAACGUGUCUUGGCCGUCGACCCAACGCAGGCUCUCGCCAUGGGCAACUACGCCAUGCUCCUGCACAAGUGUCGUCCCGCAUCUCCUCUUCGCAUCGACCAAGCCUACGAAGCCGCGAUCGAGCGCUACCCGCGUCAUGGUACUGUCCUCUGCAAGUACGCGAGCUGGCUCGUUCAGCAGCGCCGGCUCGCGCUGGCCGAGCAAAUGUACCUCGAAGCUGUUGACGCCUCGCCCACGAGCCCCGAUAUUGUUGGCAACUACGCGGCAUUUCUGCACUCUAUCAAGCGUGACAAUGACGCCGCCGAGGUGCAGUACGAGCGCGCCGUCGCCCUCCAGCCGACGCACGCAGUCAACUGCGCGCAAUUCGCAUCCUUUCUCGCCUUGGUGCGCCACGACGCAGAGCGCGCUCAGGCCUUUUACAAGCGAUCGCUGGCGGCCAACCCCAACGACAGCGAUACGUGGCAUCGCUAUGGUCAUCUCUUUUGGCGGGACUUGCACCUCUUCCACGAAGCCCGCGAGUGCUUUUGCAUGGCGCUGCAGCUCGACAAGUCGCACUUGGCCGCCGCCUUGGACGCUGCGAGGGUCAGCGACUUGGACCUCGACGACGCGGUCCAGGCCGACGAGUUGUACCAGCGCGCGAUUGAGUUGGACGGUGGUGCGACGGACGCGUUGUCGGCCUACGGCGACUUUUUACAACGCCGCGGACGCACGCUCGAAGCCGAAGUGAUGCUGGAGAAAGCGUAUGCUAGCGACAAGGACAACGUGACGCUCGUCGAGCGCUUGUGCCACGUCAAGUGCCUCAACAUGACACGGUCUUCCUACGACGUGCACCACCGUCGCGUGGACGAAAAUGUCCUUGAAAACCUCUUUCAGCACAUACUGCGCCUCUCGGCCUUGAAUGUACAAGUCGUCACGAGCUGUGCCGUCGCAAUCGGCCGCGUCCUCGACUGCUCACCGACGGUGCUCUACGAAACAGCAGCGACUGACCCCGCUCUCACUGUCAAUGCCCUUGUGGCGCGAGGCAUGUACGCCGAAGUUGUCGACGGCUGCGACGACAAGGCAGAGUCCUUCUACCGACAUGCCUUAGACCAGGACGGUCUGAGCUUUGAAGCCACCUUUGCCUUUUCCAAGUUUCUGGUGCGGUCCAAAAACGACAUGCAUGGCGCGGUGCGCGUUGUCCGCAACGCCAUCACCGCGAGCCAGGACGCACAUACGCAACUAGAGAUCUCGGACGACGUGCUUGGGCGCAAGCAAAAACAACUGGAAAAGCUACUGCAGUCUAUUGCCAUUUGAAUGUGAUGAAUACACUCUACUGAUCUGA